CGUGGGAAAUGAGUGAAAUGUAAAGUCGGGGGAGGGCUUGAGGUCGCUGCACUCUACGGAAUCAAAACACCACCCAUCUUCCGCAAUGGCUACCAAAGUAUCUCGCAACCGCAACUUCAUGCGCCACUGGUUCGCCAUCGAGGCCAUCCCUAUCUAUGCUGUCGUCGGCAUGACCGUCGUCGGUGCCUCCUGGUAUCUCUACCGCCUGGCCCGUGGUCCCACUGUCGUUUGGACCAAGAACAACCCCACUCCUUGGAACGAAGUCAAGCCUGACGAAAACGUCAAAAUGAUGGACGUCAACGGGCAGUUUGCCAAGAGCUGGAGUCGGGACAGGCUGUGAAAUUGCAAAGCGAGCUAGUUGUCUGUUAGAGGAUUCUUAAUGUCUGUACAGAGAGUCUGUCGUACCUCUUUCGCAGUGUCAACCCCCGCUCUUCUAUAUUGAAAUGCACCGCCCAUACCUUUCUUUU